AUGGCGUCGAAGUUUCUUCUAGCCUUGUUUCUCUCUUUGUUUUUAUCUUCUGUAAUGAGCCAGAGGACCCCUCAGCUCAGUGAAGCCCAGCAGUGCCACUUCCAACGCCUCUCCGCUUCUCAGCCGUCCCGCCAGAUCCAAUCCGAGGGCGGUGUGACUGAAUUGUGGGAGGAAAAUGAAGAACAGUUCCAAUGUGCUGGUGUUGCGGCCAUGAGAAACACCCUCAGGCCUAAUUCCCUCUCUUUGCCGAACUAUCACCCCACUCCACGCCUAGUUUACAUCGAGCGCGGUCAGGGUUACGUAAGUGUAACCUUCCCAGGUUGUGCGGAAACGUACAACUUUCAACAGACUCAGAUGACACAAGAGAGCCAACAGGACCAACACCAGAAGGUGCACCGCAUUCGCCAAGGAGAUAUUAUUGCUAUUCCGGUCGGUGCAGUCCAUUGGUGCUACAAUGAUGGUGUCGAAGACCUCGUCGCAGUCUCUGUGAACGACCUUAAUCACCAGUCCAACCAGCUUGAUCAAAAAUCAAGGUCAUUUUACUUGGCCGGAGGAGUACCAAAUAGUGGCCAGCAACAGCAAGAAAGCGAGAUUUUCCAGAACAUUUUGCGGCCAUUUGACACUAACCUGGUGGCUGAGGCGUUCAACAUUCCUGCGGAGAUUGUGCAGAAAAUGCAAAGAGAAGAUCAGAAUCAAAGAGGACUCAUUGUUAAUGUUCAAGAAAGACUGAGUUUCAUUAGGCCUGAUGAAGGGCAAGAACAAGAACAAGGACAAGGACAAUCUGAUAAUGGCUUAGAAGAAAGCUUUUGCACAAUGAAGAUCCGAACCAACAUUGAAAACCGUAGAGGCGCUGAUAUCUACUCCAGACAAGGCGGAAAAGUUAACGUUGUUGACAGGAAUAAGCUUCCUCUCCUUAAGUACAUGGACAUGAGUGCUGAAAGAGGCCGUAUAUACAAGGGCGCAAUGGUAAGCCCACACUGGUCCAUGAACAGCCACACAAUUGUAUAUGUAACUGGAGGAGAUGCUCAAGUACAAACAGUGGACAACAAUGGGCAAACCGUAAUGAAUGACAGGGUAAGCCAGGGUAAUAUUUUCGUGGUUCCUCAGUUCUACACCUCCACCGCGAAGGCCGGAGGCUUUGGGUUCGAGUGGGUGGCUUUUAAAACCACCGGGUGGCCGAUGAGAAGCUCUCUUGCUGGUUACACUUCAGUUGUAAGAGCAAUGCCUCUUCAAGUUCUAACAAAUUCAUACCAGAUUUCACCAAAUCAAGCUCAACAGAUCAAGGAGAAUCGAGGAGGAGAAAGUUUCUUGCUUUCUUCCCGUUCUGGCUUCGGUCCCGGUUUCAGUGGACGGCGUUAUUAG